GCACUCCCUGCACAUCCGUAAAAUGCGAGAAUAGUUGUGCACCGGGAGUGAGCGUUCUCCUCACAUUUUCGUACAAUUCUCUUCGAUUGUUGAUCAUGGCGACAAACUGUAGAAUCGCCAUGACGUCGUUGAUUAUACUACAGGUGAUUUCAACAGCCCCGCCUUCACUCGCUUACAGACCGGGAGAUAUCGUUCCUAUGAGCCGCAUGGGUCAAUACCACUCUACGAGGACGGUUUGGCACGAUAUGAUCGGGAGGCAUUGUCCAAUCUUCGCUGUUAAUCGCGAGACGUUGAUUCCGAUACCUAAACCCACUGGUUAUACUGGAGCUGAUCCAUAUAAAAUAUCAUUUCAAGUUGGAAGAGAAAAAUUUUAUAUUCCGUGGCUUUUUGUGAUUAACCGAAAGAAUUCAGAGGUCCCAAUGAUUGAAAUGCACUUGAGGUACUCCGGGGCUGAUUUGCUUGGUGUCACUGCAAAAGUUAUAGAUAUGCCUCACAGCUAUUUAGAAAUUCAUCCCGACAUUCACAAACAAUUUUGGGAUCAGCAGCUAUGGCCAAAGCAUAUUCUUGUCAGAUAUACUUGGGAAGAGCAGUCAGAAAUUGACGUGGCUUCUGGAUUAUAUGUUCUCUUUGGAUCAGGUCUUACACUUUCGUUUAUGCUCUCCAUUUUUAUUUUGCAAUCAUCUCAAGAUAAAUUAGCAAGGCUUGUGAGAGAGACUGUAGCCGAUAGCAGCAUGUUCGGUGGAGGCAUUGCCAAAGUUGAAUGAUGAUUAUUUGCUGAAUUUUAAAACACAACCUUCCGCAGUCAUAUAUUUGUUGAUGAAAUUCUUAGCUUGCUACAUUUUUGCAAGUUAACAUGAAUCGUGAGUGGCCAAAGGGGGACUUGGGCAGGAGGGUGGGGGAACUUGGAUUCUAUGUAGACUCUGUAGAAAAUGGAUGCGCCAGUUGGUAGUGUACUUAUUUUUGGAAUGGUUUCUUUUUGAAAUAGUUAUUGUAGACUUUCAUAACUCAUUUCUAGACAAUGUUGGCAUCCCUACGUGGUGUUACUGUAUU